AUAGGUUAGUAUACCUGUCAAGAAAUAAGACGGCGACUGUUUUGUAAAACUUGUAAAACUGAAACAUUGAAGUCAAUAUUAUAUGGAAACGGGAGCUUAACUGAUACAUCACUCCUACGAUUGUUUCAGUGACAUACAGCCUAGGCUAUGGUUUUAUAUAAUCUAUUCUUAAGAACAGUUGGCUAGCCUAUAUUAUAAAGUUUGCGAGCCUUUUUAUGUGGUUGGGGGAAAAACCUUGGACUCCACGCCCUACCCCUUCGGUGACCCUGUUGUGUGUGCUGUUUAGGCUACCUGAGAGUGUGGACAUCUUGUGCGUGCGUAGGCUAUGUGCUGUGUGUCGUGCGUGCGCUCUUGAGCGUGUGCGAACGAGUGUUGCCGCUUGCUGGUUGAGAGGGAUGGACAUAGACUACAAUAGAGAGAGAGGGAGAGAUAGCGUCCCAUGAUUCCACUUCUAAAUUUUUAAAAGCGUUGUGGAACUUUGCUGGCUGUCGCUAUGACUGCAGGAGUGUAGAGUUUCAUUUGGGACAGAACUGAUUGAGACGUCGGAGCCCCGUGCUGGCAUUGGAAAAGAGACAGACCCGAGGCUCACGGAUGCGAUGCAACUAGUCUAAACUUCAUGGACUUCUUUGGUGGUAGUCUUGCAAAGUAAAAACACUGAUGGCUUUGGUUGUAUGCGUAUCAACUUGAAAGAUGACGCUCAACACUCAGAGAGAGGGCAAGGAAACUUUGCGGAGGCGAGCAAGCACUCCCAUCCCUUCGUCUCAUCAGUCGGGGCUGAGGAACAGAGACCCUCCCUCGGAUCCUCAUCACCCUCAGCUCGGGCAGUCGGCUUCCUACCACCCUGGAGACAAGAGCAUACUCUCGCGGGCCAACUGGUCUUCGGAAUCGGAUGAUUCGGACAGCUCGGAGGCAGAGUGCUUGUAUCGCGUGGUGUUAUUAGGGGACCAUGGAGUUGGAAAGUCCAGUUUGGCCAGCAUUUUCGCUGGCAUUCAAGAGAAGGACGCGCAUCAUCACGUUGGAGAGGACACCUAUGAGAGAACGCUGACCGUGGAUGGAGAGGAAACGACUCUUAUCGUCAUGGAUACGUGGGAAACAGAGAAGCAGGAGGAGGAUGAGAAGUGGGUGCAGGACUACUGCAUGCAGGUGGGCAACGCCUACGUCAUCGUCUACUCCAUCACUGACCGCAACAGCUUCGAGAGCGCCUCGGAGCUUCGCAUUCAGCUGCGACGCAUUCGCCAGGCGGAGAACAUACCCAUCAUCCUCGUGGGCAACAAGAGCGACCUGGUGCGCUGCCGAGAGGUGGCUGUGGAAGAGGGCCGGGCCUGUGCUGUGGUGUUCGACUGCAAGUUCAUCGAGACAUCAGCCUCGCUGCACCACAAUGUGGACGAGCUCUUAGAGGGCAUCGUGCGGCAGAUUCGCCUGCGCCGCGACAGCAAAGAGACCAACGAGCGCCGGCGCUCCGUCUACCGCCGUAAGGAGAGCAUCACCAAGAAGGCCCGGCGCUUCCUCGACCGGCUGGUGGCCAAGAACAACAAGAAAAUGGCCCUCAAGGUCCGCUCCAAGUCCUGCCAUGACCUCGCUGUGCUGUGAACUGUCCCGCUCCCACACACUAGCACACUCUUUCCACCAUCAUAUACACACACAAACACACACACACACACACACACACACACACAUAACACACACACACACACAGCUCACACAUAGCUCAUAAUUAUAGCAGGUGUGGUAUAGUUAGAGGACUGUAAGAAAAUAGAGAUGCCCGUCGAACAUUCCCUGUAAAAGUCCAAUCCAAUCCAUGGGUCGGUCCUCUUGCUGUGUAGUGAAGUACUAGCAAUGAUUUUUUGUUUGGGCCAGUGGAUUUCAUUUUUGUGCUCUGAAAUCUCUCAACUCUCUUUUUGUUUAUAUUUGAUCAGUGUUUGUUUGUCGUUUAUUUGUAGUAUUUCGUUUGUGUUUGUUGUUGGUUUAUUUAUUGAGCUUUUUGAACAAUGUGGGUUGGAAUAUGUGCCCUCCAAUGCAAACGAAUGAGCCGUUUAAGAUGUUGUUAUGCUGAAUUCAACUUAAUCAAUUGAGAAAAGAGAAAUAUGAGUAAUCUGGGAAUAUUUCCCGAAACCUCACAGUUGCUAUAUCACGUUCUAAAGGCAUACUUUUGUUGUUUAUUCCGUGGACACUUUAUCAAAAAAUCUGCCUUAUAUCUUAUUAGAGUAACAGUAGGUAUGUACUUUACAUUUACUGUUUAGACAUAACAUUGAAAGUCCAUUUGGCUCAGAUUUUUUUUACCAAAGAAAGUGCUUUGCAUUGAUUGUUUGAUAUGACUUGUGAUGUGUGUGAAGAGCAUAGACCUAAGAUUUACUUCCGCAAAGGAUACCGAUGUUGGUGCUGAUGAUGUCUUGGUCUGCACUGGGAAAUAUGACUUUGUAGAUGACAAUAGAAAGGGAUGCACGGUUCAUGAACAAAACUUAAAGUGUAAAUAUCUGCACAAGGAUUGUUAAGAGGCUAGACUUUGCUUCAGGAAUUGUCUAAGUUGCAUUAGACUAUGCAUUCUUCACCAGCAUAUUUCUCAAAGCCCUGUAGCAAACUGCUAUGUCAGAAUUCUCCAUGGUCCCCAUCCUUUGCAUGCCCUGUUGUGGACUCUGGAGGUAAUAUGCUUUGACUUUGUGGCUCCACAGCAAAGGCAGUUAAGAGGAAAACUGCUAAGAUUUCUCUGCUGUUGAAGCUUUCAGUCUCCUUGACUGAAUGAUGUACUGGUUAUACGUUUUGUACAGAAUGAAUGUUCCAGUUUUGUAAAUAUGUUCUGUCUAGCAUUUUUACAAUUAAAUAAAAGACUAGUUUACGCAUA